AUGUCACAGAACGAUAAGAAACAGUCCGGCCGUGCUCGCCUUCUUGGGUCCGCCUCCGCUGGGAUUCUCGAGAUCGGUGUGUUCCACCCGGUGGACACGAUCUCGAAGAGACUCAUGUCAAACCACACGCAGGUGGCCAGCUUGCACGAGCUGAACACUGUGAUCUUUAAAGGUGCCGCUGCGGAACCUCUUGGGGCUCGUUUCCUAUCGUUGUUCCCCGGGCUGGGCUACGCUGCUUGCUACAAAGUGUUGCAGCGUGUGUACAAGUACGGUGGGCAGCCCUUUGCCAACGAGUUCUUGAACAAACACUUCAAAAAGGACUUCGACUCUGCCUUUGGGACGAAGACCGGGAAGGCGAUGCGGUCCGCUGCCGCUGGUUCGAUGAUCGGGAUCGGUGAGAUCGUGCUCCUGCCUCUGGAUGUGCUCAAGAUCAAGAGGCAGACAAACCCGGAGUCCUUCAAGGGCCGUGGGUUCGUCCGGAUCCUGCGUGACGAGGGGUUGCUCAACUUGUACCGUGGGUGGGGGUGGACCGCUGCGCGGAACGCGCCCGGGUCCUUCGCGCUCUUCGGGGGGAACGCCUUCGCGAAGGAGUACCUCCUUGGGCUGUCCGACUACUCGCAGGCCACAUGGUCGCAGAACUUCGUUUCAUCGAUCGUCGGGGCCUCCGCUUCUCUGAUCGUGUCCGCGCCGCUAGACGUCAUCAAGACACGGAUCCAGAACAGAAACUUCGACAGUCCAGAGUCCGGCUUCAAGAUUGUGCGCAACACGCUCAAGAACGAGGGAGUCACCGCUUUCUUUAAGGGACUCACGCCCAAACUGCUCACCACGGGGCCCAAACUCGUCUUCUCCUUCGCGCUCGCGCAGUCGCUCAUCCCCAAGUUCGACGCCCUGCUGUCCAAGUGA